AUGCCGCUGCCCCGGGCGCCCCUCUUGCUCUUGGGAGCGGUGCUGGGGUCCUUUACGCCGCGCGGCUUUUGCGGCUCUCCCGCACACUCCCUGAGCUACUUCUACCUGCAUCUGCCAGAGCCCAGCCAGAGACUGCCCAGGUUCUCCAUUAGAAGCUACCUGGAUGACCAGCCCAUCUCUCGCUAUAACAACCUCACCAGGAAGAUGGAGCCUCUGGUGCCCUGGAUGGAGGAGGUGGAGAAGGACGCCUUUCUGUCCCCUGAGUGGGUCUUCAGGACCAAUCCGAAGUUAUCAAAACGGGAUCACCAUGCUGGAGGGCUUCACACCUGGCAGGUGGUUUUGGGCUGCGAGCUCAUGGUCGAUGGGAGCAAAGGAGGGUUUUUCCGCUAUGGCUACGAUGGGAUGGACUUCAUCAGCUUCGACAAGGAGACCCUCACUUGGGUGCCAGCUCAGCCCCAGGCCCGGAAGCUCAAGCGGAAAUGGGAGAAUGACCCAGGAUGGUCUGAGAGAAACAAAUUCUUCCUGGAGGAGACCUGCAUUGAGUGGCUGCAGAGAUACCUGUCCUACAGGAAUAAGACUCUACAGAGGAUCGAACCCCCAGAGGGGAACCUGACUCGCAAGGUGGUGGAUGUCAGCCUGGAGGUCCUCAUCUGCCAGGCCUUUGGCUUCUACCCCAAGGAGAUCCAGGCCACCUGGACCAGGGACGGAGAGGUCUGCGAGUAUGGGACCCUCUCUAGGAACAUAGCCCCCAACUCGGACGGGACCUAUUAUGUCUGGCUCGGCAUCAAGAUCGACCCCAAGGACAGGGACCAUUUUCGGUGUCGCCUGGAGCACCAGGGCCUGCAGGAGCCCCUGAUCUUGGGUUUUGAAAAGGAGGAAAUAGGUGAGAGGCUGGGAGGAUCUGGCAUUAGAAGUUAG